AUGACAGACCAACUGCCUCCAGACACCCCCACUGCUACUGCUACUGACUCUCCUCCUCCUCCUUCAGCCGCUGCAGCCCCCGCUGCUCCAUCCUCCCCCGCUCCUCAGGCUGAGCUCAUCCCCGCAGAGGACCCUGAGGAUACUUCCGAUAUUGAUCGUUAUGAAAUUGAUUCAGCUCUUGGAUCCGAUGCAGACUUUGCAGAUGCAUAUCCAAGCGCUCAAGUAAUCGGCUCAGAUCUCUCACCCACCCAGCCUGAAUGGGUCCCUGCAAACGUGCACUUUGAGAUCGCAGACGCAACUCUCACCUGGCCUUGGAAAGACAACUACUUCGACUUCACCCACAUCCGCUACCUCUUUGGAUCAGUCCAAGACUGGCCUGCCCUCUUCCAAGAAGCAUAUCGCUGCUGUGCACCCGGUGGCUGGGUCCAAUCAUGCGAGGCUGACAUACAUUUCUACUCCGAUGACGGAACGACAGACAGCGAGCCUGCACUCCAGAAGUGGGCGGAUCUGUACGAGAAAGGCGGCGCGGCAACGGGGAGGACGUUUUUUCUUCAGCAGGAGGCGCUGCAGGAGAGGAGUAUCACAGAGGCUGGCUUCACGGAUGUCAGGAUAUUUGAUUACAAGCUACCCGUGGGAGGAUGGACCAGUAAUCGGAAGCUUUUUGAGCUGGGCGAGUACGUCAGGUUGACUUUGGAAAACGAUCUUGAGGGAUACACGCUGUAUAUUUGGCACAACGUGCUUAACUGGCCGAGGGAGGAAUACCCGCAGUUCCUCGCGGCGAUGCGAAAAGCGAUCUGUAGUCGGAAGGUUCAUGGAUACAUGAUGGUGCGAAUUUUCCUUACCAUCGCGUCAAGUUCUUCAGUCACCACAGCAACACACGUUAACAUCACAGCAGAGCUUCUUCCUCACCUCCAGGGCAAGCCCCAGCAAGCAACGAAAAAGAGAAGGGAGAAAACACGCCUGUCAGACGUCCAUCAACACCCACCCCGACCGCGCGCCCGAAGGCAAGACCGCAAUCAGGGUCGAGAUCAUCAAAUACAACCAUCUCUGUACAGCCACCCACCGGAGCAGGCAAGACCGCCGUCCUUGCGGACAGAUCGAGAGGACCAAAGGUAUUCACUCUAG